AUGUAAUAUUCAUUAUUUUUAAUUCAAACUGAUUUUAAGAUUACAAUGGGAUGCACUAUAUAGAAAUAAAAGAAUAAGAAACCAACUCUUGGGUUAUCAGUAUUUAUAUUUUUAAAUUAAUCUUAGAACUAGGAAACAGAAAUACAUUGUAAGGAAUAGUUGUAAACACCAGAUACAUUAGAUAUGUAGAGUCCUCGAUAAUAAAAUAUCAUUGUAUUAAAGAAACUACUUGCUUCUUCCAGCUUGAGUGUUGAUUAAAUCAUUAAACCGCCUUUGAAAAAGAGCUCACAUUCUAAUUUGAGCAGAAGUAGAAGGUAAUGA